AUGAUAAAUAACAAAGGAAAAAUUGGUAAAACAAAAACGAUUAACAAUAAAAAUUAUGGAAAUAUAAAAAAAAAAAAGAAGAAGAGAUAUGAUAAAUCUAAAAAGGAUGUUAAUAAUAAUAUAGAUGAACGAUUUGAGUUACAAAAAAGAAUUGAUGAGACUUUAUGUUUGCUAGUAGAAGAAAAUAAAAGAAAACAAUAUGAAGAGAAAAUUAAUAAUGAUUUGGAAAAAAAUGAGAAUGGUAAGAAUAUUUUAAAAAGUGAUAAGACAAAUAAUAAUACAUAUGAUGAAGAUGAAUUAAAAAAUAAUAAGAAUAAAAAAUAUAAAAAUAAUUUAACAAUUAUUGAUAAGAAUGUAUUAACAUCUACUGAAUUUAAAACAUUACCAAUUAGUAAAAGAACAUUAAGAUCAUUAAAUGAAAAUAAUUUUAUAUAUAUGACAAAUAUACAAUAUGUAUCUUUACCUAUAGUUUUAUUAAAUAAACAUAUAUAUGCUCAAGCACAAACAGGAACAGGAAAAACAUUAUGUUUUUGUAUACCUUUAAUUGAAAAAAUGUAUCGUAAUAGUAUUGAUAAUUAUAAUAAAAUAUUAGGAGGGAUUAUUAUAACGCCUACUAGAGAAUUAGUAUUUCAAAUAUUUGAAGUUUUGAAUAUGUUAAAUAAAUAUCAUAAAUUAAAUAUAUGUUGUGCAAUAGGAGGAAAAAAUGAAGAAAAGGAAAAAUCUAUUUUUAGCUAUGCAAAUAUUAUUGUCUGUACAACAGGAAGAUUAUUAUAUCAUUUAGAAAAUAAUUAUUAUUGUAACUUGGAUUAUUUAAGUACAUUAAUUAUUGAUGAAAUUGACAAAUUAAUAGAUAAAAGUUUUUAUGAUAAUUUAAAAAAUAUAUUAUUAUAUAAACCCAAAGAAAAUUGUCAAAUAUGCUUAUUUUCUGCUACUAUUUGUAAAUUCUUGAAUGUUAUAUUAAAUACCUUUCAUAUAAAAGACUACGAAUAUGUAAGUAUAAAUGAUAAUGAUAAAUAUAUAGAAAGUAAUAAUGUGAAACAAAUAUAUAUUGAAUGUGAUAUAUAUGAAAAAAUUAAUUAUUUGUAUACAUUUCUAUUUUCUAAGAAAAAUAAAAAAGUUAUUGUAUUUUUUUCUACUUGUAAACAAGUAAGAUUUAUGUAUGAAGUUUUUAAAAAAAUCAAAGUAGGUGUUAUGAAAUUUUUACAACUUCAUGGAAAAUUAAAACAAACAUCUAGAUUAAAUACAUAUCAUUUCUUUUCAAAGAAGAAAAAUUUUGUUUGUUUAUUUACAACUGAUAUUGCUUGUAGAGGAUUAGAUUUUUCAUCCAUUGAUUGGGUAAUCCAUUUUGAUUUUCCAGAUAAUAUUGAAACGUUUAUUCACCGUUCAGGUCGAACAGGUAGAUUUACUAAUAUGGGAAAUAGUCUUAUAUUUUUAACAAAACAAAUUGAUAAUAAAAAAUUAUUCUUAAAUGUUCUUAAAGAUAACAAUAUUUUUAUUAAAGAAAAGUUUAUAAAAAAACAGAAAUUAUUUGAUAUUAAAAAUAAAAUACAUUCGUUAAAUGCUGCUUUUGUUGAUAUUAAACAUUUAGCAAAAAAAGCAUUAAUCAUAUAUUUGCGACAUUUAUAUAUUGUUAUGAAAUUUAAAGAUAUAAAAAAAAAAAUUGAUUUAAACGAGUUAGCAUAUGCGUAUGGUCUUAUUGAAUUUUCUGAAGAUAUGAUAAACGAUCUUAAUAUAAAUGAUGAAAAGGACAUACAAGUGAAGAAAAAAAAAUCAAGAUUGGAAAAAUUCUUAGAAAUUUUAAAAAAUAAAAAAGCACAAAAAAAAAAACAAAACCAAGAAAAAAAAGACGAAGAAAAAGAUAAUAAUAUACAGGACGAAAAAGAAUAUGAAUAUGAAUAUGAAUAUGAGAAUGAACAAGGACAUCAAAUAUAUGAUGAAGAACAUGAUAAUUAUAUGUGUGAAAAAAAAAAAAAAGUUUUAAAGGAUAUAAGUCAUAUAGAUCAAAAUGAUGAAGAUGAUUUAUUUAUUCAAAAAAGAGUUGAAAUAAAAGAUGACACACCAAUUAUGUUGCCAACGAAAAAAAGAAAGAAAAGAGUAAAAGUCGCUAAAACGUUAAGUAAUAGCAUAUUAUAUGAUGAUAGUGGUAAUGAAAUAAAAGAUGAUAAUGUGAAAUUUAAAAUAUUGGUAAAUGAAUUAAAUCAAAAUGAAGAUCAUGAUAUGGAAGAAGACACACACUAUUAUAAUGAUGAUAAUGAUAAUAAUAAUAAUAAUAAUAAUAGUGACAGUAAUAGGUAUGAUCAAAGAACGUAUAUUGAAUCUUUGAAAGAAAAAAUUCAAAGAGAUAAUGAAAAAAUAAAAAUUAGUAAGUUAAGGAAAAAAGAAGACUUUAUUUCAGAUAGGAAGAAGCAUGAAGAAGAUCUAUCAUCUACAGAGAAUAUCGAUCCUAGCGAUAAUGAAGAUAAGGAUGACUAUGAGUAUAAAGAAAGUAGUGAGAGUGAUAAUGAAAAUUAUAACACAAGUGAAGAUUUUGAUAAAAAUAAGAGGAACAUAAGUGAAAAAUGUGAUCCAACAGAUGAUAUAUCCGAUUUGGAAAACAAAGUAAUGAUGUUUUUAUAA